AUGGGGACAGUAGCGUCACGGAGAUAUAACCUCGAGCAAUUGAAGAAAACCAUUAAUUCCGCAGAAGAAACGGUCAGACAACUUGAGCUUGAGGCCCAUGCAUCCGACAAGGAAAUCGCAGCUAUACGGAUAGAGGAGAUAGGACGGAUAAAAACAACAUUAAAAAAUGCAAUCAAUCGCAGUAACGCACUGGAUAUAGAUCUACAACGUGCAGAAUUAAUCACGGGUGUCGCGGACGCAAAUACAGCAGGACAUUACAGCCAGCUACAAGAAAAUGAUAGACUUAUACAAAAGGGGUACGCAUACCUGCAGACAUCGUGUGCCAUGGCACAGGAAACCGAAAUGAUAGGAGCAGGAGCGGAAGAGGAAUUAUAUGAACAAAGAAAUGUUAUAUAUAGAGUACAGAAUGAUGUAGGAAAUGUUAAGUUCUCAAUCAAAGAAGCUGAUGAAUACCUUACAAAACUACUCAGACAAGGGAGGCUGAACAGCGUAGUACUUACAGUGGUAUUCGUCGCAAUGCUAAUCGCAGCCCUUAUUAUACUACUAUCUAGAUUACUACGAUGGGUUAUUUAA